AUGUUUGAAAUUUUCACCGAGGGUUUCUCCUUUUUGAAUUUACUUUCGAUUUUGGCCUUUUUCACUACAGUUGGACUAUUCUUUUGUGGAAUGUAAGUUUAUUUUUUUUGAAUUUUAACCAGGGGAGAUCAGGGGAUUAAAAAGUUUGUCAAAAAUCUAAUUCAAUUCUUUCUAGUCCAAUUUGUCGACAAAUCUGGAAACGUAAAGACACCAAUGAGAUUUCUGGUGCACCAUUUUUGAUGGGUGUUGUUGGUGGUUGCUGCUGGAUGACUUAUGGAUUAUUGAAAAAUGACGGAACAGUAAAAUGGGUGACAGGUUGUCAAGUUAUCCUCUACACAACUUAUACUAUUUUUUAUUGGUUCAUGACAAAAAAGAAGUUUUGGAUCACAUUGAAAGUGGCUGGAGUUAUCGCAAUUUGCACCAGUUUAGUGCUUGGCGUUCAUUUCUUCGGAAUGGCGAUCUUCCAUCCUUUGGGAAUCGUUUGCCUAACUUUGAAUAUUGCUGAUUUUGCUGCUCCACUUGCUGGACUUAAAGUUGUUAUUCGUCGACAUGCCACUUCAACUUUGCCACUUCCAUUGUGUAUUGCAAACUUUUUGGUUUCAUCUGAAUGGUUCCUUUAUGGAUUGUUGAGAAACGAUUUCUAUCUUAUUGUAAGUCAAACUUAUUCCAAAAAACUUAUAUUUCAAAAAUUAUUUUCUUUUAGUUCCCAAAUGGCGUUGGCUCAUUCAUCUCAUUUAUCCAAUUAUUGCUCUUUGUUGUUUUGCCACGUAAACCAGGUCAACGUGCUCCAAUCGUUCGAUUAUGGAUGUGGUUAAGAAAUAAAAAAGUUGAAGAUAGCAAAGGUAAGAAGAUAAUAGUGCAUAAUUGAAAAUACAAAACAACCUCUUCUUGUUUUAUAGAAAUCGUUGCUGAAUUUGGCGAAAAUGAAGAAGAUGGCAAGAAAUUGAGUCGGCCACAAAGAUGGUCGAAAAAAAUUCAGAUGAAUGUAUCGACGGUUGCCGAAGAAUUGGAAAAUGUUAUCUAUCAAUUACCAAAUAAGGAUCAAUUUGCAUAUUCGCACAAAAUCGGAGAUGACGAGGAAGAAGAUACUUCAUCCGAAAAAACUGUCGAAGAGAAAAUGAAAAAUGGAACUGAAACUGCUCAAGUGCAAAUUCCACAAGACGAGAAGAAAAUUCGUAAUGCUCUUCGUCCAGUUCUAGAAUCUGUGCUCCGUCGAACAAUCAGCUCACCAGAUCUUAGCGAUUAG